AAUGAGAUCAAGCAAAGUGAAUCGGCCUCAAAUGGCCUCUCUAGUUGUGGUCUCACUUGUGCUAGCCAUAAGUUACCUAAGCUUCUUGAUACCAAUCACUACAGCUUCCCGUACAAUUCAUGCCAAGACUCCACCAGCUCCUAAGACACCACCUGUUAAGUCAGCACCUCCUAAGUCACCACCUGUUAAGUCACCACCUUCUAAGUCACCACCUUCUAAGACACCACCUCUUAAGACACCACCACCACCACCAUCCACGGGCCCGCCACCACCACCAUCAUCCACGACUCCACCACCACCACCAUCAUCCUCGACUCCACCACCACCAUCAUCCGAGACUCCACCACCACCACCAGAAUCCGAGACUCCACCACCAUCCAUGCAUGUAAAGUCUAAUCAACGAGACCCCUCUAUGACACAACUACCUCCGUUACCAGUACCACUACCACCAUUACCUGUACCACUACCUCCAUUACCAGUGCCACUACCUAUACCGAAACCACCAGCAACCACCGUUCAUGCGAAGUCUAAACAUCAAGAUCCCUCUGUGACUCAACUACCUCCACUACCUGUACCUCUACCUCCUUUACCAGUGCCACUACCUCCAUUACCUAUACCGAAACCACCAGCAACCACCGUUCAUGAAAAGUCUAAACAUCAAGAUCCCUCUAUGACACAACUACCUCCAUUGCCUGUACCACUACCUCCACUACCAAUUCCACUGCCUCCAUUACCUACAUUGCCUCCAUUACCAAUACCAUUACCUCCAAUACCAUUUCUACCCCAACCACCAGCACCCGCACCCGGACCACCUUCCGGCGGCAUAAGCAAGAAACCACCCACAUCACCCCAAGUGUAACAGACACGAUCUACCUCAUAUUCACUAUUACUAAGAACCCAACUUAUUUCCUCUUUAAUUAUAUAUAAAAUAAUAAAUGUCAAACUAAGUUAUGUUUAUGUGAUAUUACCUGAAAGAUCGACAAGUGAUGUAUGACAUUUUUCAUUUAGUUAUUAAUUUAUCUAUGCUUUUAAUAUACUUGAUUGCUGUAUACAUAUGUGUG